AUGGGCACCAUCGUCUCCAAAGCCAGGCUCAUCGUCUACGCCACCCUUCAGCUCAGCAAGACCUACGACGAGCUCAAAAAGCGCCUUGACGAGUCCCCUGGCCUUCCCCUUCCCUCCCCUACCCUCCCGCUCUGGACCGUCCCAGCGACGACCAUUGGACUCGAUCCUCCCGACACCCUUCCGGAAUAUGCGGACGUGGUAAUCAUCGGCUCUGGCAUCACCGGCACUUCCUUCGCGUACAACGCUCUAGCCCGUACAAGUGGCCUCAGUGUCGUCAUGCUCGACGCUCGCGAGGUCUGCUCCGGCGCAACCGGCAGGAACGGCGGUCAUGUCAACCCACCUCUUUACCACGACCAUGCCGAGCUUUCCUCCCGCCAUGGCCCCGCGCAUGCUCGCGCGCUCAUCGACUUCCGCCUAGCCCAUCUUGCCGAGCUGCUGCGCGUCGCCACCGCGGAGGGCAUCGUCACGCGUGGCCAAGUGCGCGCGACGGAACAUCUCGACGUCUACACGAGCGAGGAGACCUUCGCGGAGGCGAAGGACAAGCUCGCGCAAUGGCGCGCGGAGAUGCCGGAAGCUGCAGAGGGGUUCAUGUCUUACGAGCGCGAAGAGGCGAUCAAGAGAUUCCACUUAUCCGAGCAAACCGCUGGGUGCAUAACGAACCCCGGAGGUGCGAUGCACCCAUACCGCUUCGUGACCUCCCUUCUCUCCACCCUCCUCGAGCGCCACCCCGACAACUUCCACAUCUACGCCAGAACCCCCUGCACCUCAAUCACGGUCUCCUCUCCCAGCGCCCAUCCCUACACUGUGCACACCCCGCGCGGCUCCAUACGCGCGACGCACGUCGUGCACGCGACCAACGGCUGGUCCUCACACCUUCUCCCCGCCCUCCGCGCCAAGAUCGUCCCCGUCGUCGGCAACAUGUCCGCCCAGCGCCCCGGCCGCGCCCUGCACCCGAGCACGCUCCACGGCGCGCGCUCCUUCGUCUUCUACAAAUCCGGCGCCGGGUACGACUACCUCACCCAGCUGCCGUCCUCCCCAUCCCCAUCCGCAGCGGACGAGAACGAGAACGAGCUCAUGUUCGGCGGCGGCCACACCGCGCAGAGCUACCUCGCCGGCGCGCUCCCGCAGUUCUUCGGCCUCCGCAACUGGGGCGCCGACGCCUCUCCGCCCUCGCCCCGCCCUCGCCACAUCCACCGAGACUGGGGCCCAGGGCGGUCCAAGGCGCAGUGGAGCGGCGUGCUCGGCAUCUCCGCGACAUGCUCCCUGGGUGAGCGGCCGGGCCGUCGUCGCGCCCUGGUCCUCCGGGCCGCCGCGCGCGGCGAGAAGGCGGCCGGCCACCGCCGCGCAGGCGAGUGGAUCGCGGCGGGGUACUCGGGCGAGGGCAUGGUGCACGCGUGGAUGAGCGGGAAGGCGCUGGCGCGAUGGUGCUCGAGCGGGAGGAGACUGGCGGGGUGGUUCCCGGAGAUACUGCGUGUGACGGAGAAGCGGUGGAGAGAGGCGAACGUCGAGGAGUUGUUUGCGCGAUUUAUGUAA